AGAUAACAUCCGGGGUGGAGUUUGGAGCGAGAAUGCCAUUGUUCUUAGAUCCAUUAUUGGUGUUACCCUGUUUGCCUGGGGAGAGAAGACGUAGCACAGAGAGCACACCACAGCCUGCUCCGAUGGCCUCCACCACCGGCCUCCUCCCCGAGAAGUCCUUCCUGUGCUCCCUGUGUAAGGACGUCUUCAGCGGUCCAGUCACCACACCGUGCGGACACAGCUUCUGUCUGUCCUGUCUCAGCGACUUCUGGACCCGACACCAGUCCAGGUACUGUCCACAGUGCCGCAGGCUGUUCACCUACAGGCCCCAGCUCAGCAUCAACCACAUCCUGGCUGAUAUCUCCGAGAACUACAAGAAGACCAGGCCGGAGAAGCCUCCGGAGGAAGAGACGGUUAAGAAUGUUGAGCAGAUGAUUGAAGAGAGGCUACAGAAGGUAGAGAGGCUAAAAAGUUCUCUUGAGCUCCAAAAGAGCUCUUACUUGAGAGAGGUGCGAGAGAGCGAGAAGGUGUUCUCGGCCCUGGUGAGCGCCAUGGAGAAGAACCACAAAGCCUUGGUGUUGGCCAUAGAGCAGUGCAGAAGGGAGGAGGAGAAGAAGGUCCACACUCUGGUGACGCAGCUGGAACAGGAGAUCCGGGAACUGAAGAAAGAGACGGCCGACCCCAUUUCUGACCCUGCGCUUUCUAAAGAAGUGACAGAUGAGCAGGAGGAAUCCAAUAAAGACAACAUCGCUCCGCCCGGCCGCAGCAUCCAGAUGAAGGAUUGGUCCAUGGUUACUAUAGAAACGGACCCUUGUGUGGGCUUCACCAGGAGAGCCCUGUCAGAACUGAUGGCAAAGAUGAAAGCGGAAGUCAACAGGCUCUCCAAAUCAGAACUGAAAAGAAUUGAGCGUUACAUAGUGGACAUCAACCUGAGCGCCAAGACCGCCCACCCGUCCCUCGCCGUGUCCGAGGACAGGAAGCAGGUGAGGCAGACGGACAAGUGCCACGAGGUGCCCCAGCACCCCAAACGCUUCGACCGCGUGGCCAACGUCCUGGCCAAGGAGAGCAUCAGCCGCGGGCGCUGCUACUGGGAGGUGGAGGUCGGGGAGAAGAUGGAGUGGAGCCUGGGCGUGGUCCGCCAGUCCAUCAACAGGAAGGGCAGGUUCACCGUCUGUCCCGCCAACGGGUUCUGGACUUUGAGCCUGAAAGCGGGAGGACAGUAUGUGGCCAAUUCUGCUCCGGUCACCGCGGUGGCGCUGGAGCAGAAGCCCAGGAAAGUGGGCGUCUUCGUGGACUACCCGGCGGGCCGCGUGGCCUUCUACUGUGCGGACACGGGCGUUCACGUUCACUCCUUCACAGACACCUUCACUGACAGCUUGCAUCCUUUUUUCAACCCGGGGCGACUGCACGGAGGCAGGAAUGUCGACCCCUUAAUCAUCACCUCCAGCGUUUGCAGCAUCUAGGUGGAAGGAACGUGUCUACAAUAUAUUUAACGUCGCAAAACGCCAAUGGAAGACUGGAAUAAGGUCUUGGCAUGGCCGUGGAGGAGGGGGGGGGCAAACAGCGGCCUAUUGUGUUCAUCCACCAGGCACCGGGAGACACAUUCACCCAUUCACACACACACUGACACACACUUCUGCCCACUGCCACGCCGCCUGGGGCAUGUGUCCUCCUCACUUCUGUCCAGAGUGUCCACUCCAGCUCACCUGACCUCUGACACAAAGCCUGGUUUGACUUUGGACUCGGCUGAACCCGCCGUGACCUGCUGAGACUGACGCUCCAGGUUCAGCUCCAGGUAAAUACUUUCUUUCAAAGGAAAUGAGGACUUUCCGUGUGUUUCAAUGCAGUCCCGUCAUAUUUUACUGCUGGCUUCCUUUUACAAAUAAUGUGUUUUUAAUACAAUCCAUGCUUUAAUCAUGAAGAAAGUAAGGCAAGUGGUGGAAUUCUGCAUUUGGUUAUAAACUAGAUGAUUGACUGACAUA